CAUUGCUUCCAUACGAGGUUACGAAAUGCUGUCGAAUCCGGGCGCCAUAUUGUAAUGUCAAAUUGUGACGCUUGUGAUCUGAGCGCAUUCUGAUUUUCUUUGAUUUAUUUAUCAAAAUCUAAAUAAAAGUAACAGUUGUGAGUGAUAAAUUAGUGAAGGCGCAGGGGUGCAUUGGCGCAUCGCUGUAAACCAUGAGCUAUCAAAUACCAACAUCGCAGAGCCGCACCAUGUCUCACAGCAACUAUGGUGGGUCGGACGUGCCAAUGGCUCCAAGCAAGGAGCAGCAGACGCUCAUGUGGCAGCAGAACUCCUACUUGGUGGACUCUGGUAUCAACUCCGGAGCCGCUACUCAGGUGCCAUCACUUACCGGCAAAGAAGAUGACGAGAUGGAGGGUGAUCAGCUCAUGUUUGAUUUGGAUCAAGGAUUUGCUCAGGGUUUUACCCAGGAGCAAGUUGAUGAUAUGAACCAGCAGUUGUCCCAGACGCGUUCCCAGCGUGUCCGCGCGGCCAUGUUCCCUGAGACCCUGGAGGAAGGCAUUGAGAUCCCCUCCACUCAGCUGGAUCCGGCCCAGCCUACAGCUGUACAACGCUUGGCUGAACCUUCGCAGAUGCUGAAGCACGCUGUUGUUAAUCUGAUCAACUAUCAGGAUGACGCUGAUUUGGCUACCAGAGCAAUUCCUGAGCUGAUCAAGCUGCUGAAUGAUGAAGACCAAGUGGUCGUGUCUCAAGCCGCCAUGAUGGUUCACCAGCUGUCCAAGAAAGAGGCUUCGCGCCAUGCCAUCAUGAAUUCACCCCAGAUGGUGGCCGCUCUCGUGCGCGCGAUCUCCAACAGCAAUGAUCUGGAAACCACCAAAGGAGCUGUGGGAACAUUGCACAACUUAUCUCACCAUCGACAAGGUCUCCUUGCUAUCUUUAAGAGCGGCGGAAUACCAGCUCUUGUCAAACUACUAAGCUCUCAAGUGGAGGCUGUACUGUUCUACGCUAUUACGACUCUCCAUAACCUACUAUUACAUCAAGACGGUUCCAAGAUGGCUGUACGUUUAGCCGGAGGCUUGCAGAAGAUGGUGGCUCUUCUGCAGAGAAACAAUGUGAAGUUCUUGGCGAUUGUGACCGAUUGCCUUCAGAUUUUGGCUUAUGGAAACCAAGAGUCGAAGCUGAUCAUCCUUGCAUCUCAGGGCCCGAUCGAAUUAGUGCGAAUCAUGCGCUCUUACGACUACGAAAAGUUGCUGUGGACUACCUCCAGGGUGUUGAAGGUUUUGUCUGUGUGCUCGAGCAACAAGCCCGCAAUCGUAGAGGCUGGUGGCAUGCAAGCCCUGGCCAUGCACCUGGGCAACCCGAGCGGCCGCCUCGUCCAGAACUGCCUCUGGACCCUGAGGAAUCUGUCCGAUGCUGCAACCAAGGUGGAGGGCUUGGAAGCUCUCCUACAAAGCUUGGUGCAAGUGUUGGCUUCUACUGACGUGAACAUCGUCACUUGCGCGGCCGGAAUCUUGUCCAACUUGACAUGUAACAACCAGCGGAACAAGGUGACCGUGUGCCAAGCGGGCGGCGUGGACGCGCUCGUGCGCACCGUGGUGUCGGCGGGCGACCGCGAGGAGAUCACGGAGCCGGCCGUGUGCGCGCUGCGGCACCUCACGUCGCGGCACCUCGACAGCGAGGUGGCGCAGAACGCCGUGCGGCUGCACUACGGGCUGCCGGUCAGUGGCGAGUGUACCUCUCUCUCUCUCUCACGGAGCCGGCCGUGUGCGCGCUGCGGCACCUCACGUCGCGGCACCUCGACAGCGAGGUGGCGCAGAACGCCGUGCGGCUGCACUACGGGCUGCCGGUCAGUGGCGAGUGUACCUCUCUCUCUCUCUCACGGAGCCGGCCGUGUGCGCGCUGCGGCACCUCACGUCGCGGCACCUCGACAGCGAGGUGGCGCAGAACGCCGUGCGGCUGCACUACGGGCUGCCGGUCAGUGGCGAGUGUACCUCUCUCUCUCUCUCACGGAGCCGGCCGUGUGCGCGCUGCGGCACCUCACGUCGCGGCACCUCGACAGCGAGGUGGCGCAGAACGCCGUGCGGCUGCACUACGGGCUGCCGGUCAGUGGCGAGUGUACCUCUCUCUCUCUCUCACGGAGCCGGCCGUGUGCGCGCUGCGGCACCUCACGUCGCGGCACCUCGACAGCGAGGUGGCGCAGAACGCCGUGCGGCUGCACUACGGGCUGCCGGUCAGUGGCGAGUGUACCUCUCUCUCUCUCUCACGGAGCCGGCCGUGUGCGCGCUGCGGCACCUCACGUCGCGGCACCUCGACAGCGAGGUGGCGCAGAACGCCGUGCGGCUGCACUACGGGCUGCCGGUCAGUGGCGAGUGUACCUCUCUCUCUCUCUCACGGAGCCGGCCGUGUGCGCGCUGCGGCACCUCACGUCGCGGCACCUCGACAGCGAGGUGGCGCAGAACGCCGUGCGGCUGCACUACGGGCUGCCGGUCAGUGGCGAGUGUACCUCUCUCUCUCUCUCACGGAGCCGGCCGUGUGCGCGCUGCGGCACCUCACGUCGCGGCACCUCGACAGCGAGGUGGCGCAGAACGCCGUGCGGCUGCACUACGGGCUGCCGGUCAGUGGCGAGUGUACCUCUCUCUCUCUCUCACGGAGCCGGCCGUGUGCGCGCUGCGGCACCUCACGUCGCGGCACCUCGACAGCGAGGUGGCGCAGAACGCCGUGCGGCUGCACUACGGGCUGCCGGUCAGUGGCGAGUGUACCUCUCUCUCUCUCUCACGGAGCCGGCCGUGUGCGCGCUGCGGCACCUCACGUCGCGGCACCUCGACAGCGAGGUGGCGCAGAACGCCGUGCGGCUGCACUACGGGCUGCCGGUCAGUGGCGAGUGUACCUCUCUCUCUCUCUCACGGAGCCGGCCGUGUGCGCGCUGCGGCACCUCACGUCGCGGCACCUCGACAGCGAGGUGGCGCAGAACGCCGUGCGGCUGCACUACGGGCUGCCGGUCAGUGGCGAGUGUACCUCUCUCUCUCUCUCACGGAGCCGGCCGUGUGCGCGCUGCGGCACCUCACGUCGCGGCACCUCGACAGCGAGGUGGCGCAGAACGCCGUGCGGCUGCACUACGGGCUGCCGGUCAGUGGCGAGUGUACCUCUCUCUCUCUCUCACGGAGCCGGCCGUGUGCGCGCUGCGGCACCUCACGUCGCGGCACCUCGACAGCGAGGUGGCGCAGAACGCCGUGCGGCUGCACUACGGGCUGCCGGUCAGUGGCGAGUGUACCUCUCUCUCUCUCUCACGGAGCCGGCCGUGUGCGCGCUGCGGCACCUCACGUCGCGGCACCUCGACAGCGAGGUGGCGCAGAACGCCGUGCGGCUGCACUACGGGCUGCCGGUCAGUGGCGAGUGUACCUCUCUCUCUCUCUCACGGAGCCGGCCGUGUGCGCGCUGCGGCACCUCACGUCGCGGCACCUCGACAGCGAGGUGGCGCAGAACGCCGUGCGGCUGCACUACGGGCUGCCGGUCAGUGGCGAGUGUACCUCUCUCUCUCUCUCACGGAGCCGGCCGUGUGCGCGCUGCGGCACCUCACGUCGCGGCACCUCGACAGCGAGGUGGCGCAGAACGCCGUGCGGCUGCACUACGGGCUGCCGGUCAGUGGCGAGUGUACCUCUCUCUCUCUCUCACGGAGCCGGCCGUGUGCGCGCUGCGGCACCUCACGUCGCGGCACCUCGACAGCGAGGUGGCGCAGAACGCCGUGCGGCUGCACUACGGGCUGCCGGUCAGUGGCGAGUGUACCUCUCUCUCUCUCUCACGGAGCCGGCCGUGUGCGCGCUGCGGCACCUCACGUCGCGGCACCUCGACAGCGAGGUGGCGCAGAACGCCGUGCGGCUGCACUACGGGCUGCCGGUCAGUGGCGAGUGUACCUCUCUCUCUCUCUCACGGAGCCGGCCGUGUGCGCGCUGCGGCACCUCACGUCGCGGCACCUCGACAGCGAGGUGGCGCAGAACGCCGUGCGGCUGCACUACGGGCUGCCGGUGAUAGUGAAACUGCUCCAGCCACCAUCUCGCUGGCCUCUUGUGAAGGCUGUGGUCGGUCUGGUGCGCAACCUUGCUCUGUGCCCCGCCAACUACGGCCCGUUGAGAGAACACGGCGCCGUGCAUCAUCUCGUUAGACUUCUCAUGAGAGCCUUUAACGACACUCAACGGCAACGUUCUUCGGUAUCGGGCAGCGGCACCGGCGGCGCGUACGCAGACGGCGUUCGCAUGGAGGAGAUCGUAGAGGGCGCUGUGGGCGCUUUGCAUAUCUUGGCCCGAGACAGCCUCAACAAACAGCUCAUACGGCAGCAGAACGUCAUACCGAUAUUCGUUCAGUUGCUGUUUAAUGAGAUUGAGAACAUACAGCGCGUGGCGGCCGGCGUGCUUUGUGAGUUGGCAGUGGACAAGGAAGGCGCCGAGAUGAUAGAAGCAGAGGGCGCCACUGCGCCACUCACUGAACUACUGCAUUCGCGAAAUGAAGGUGUGGCGACAUACGCAGCCGCUGUGCUAUUCCGUCUCUCCGAAGGCAAACCGCACGAUUACAAGAAGCGACUCUCGAUGGAACUCACCAACUCUCUGUUCCGCGAAGACCCUCAAAUGUGGCCGGCAGACCUGGCCAUGCAGCCGGACUUACAGGAUAUGCUCGCGCCGGAACAAGGAUAUGAGGGGCUGUACGGGACUCGUCCGUCGUUCCAUCAGCAAGGCUACGAUCAAAUACCGAUAGAUUCGAUGCAGGGUUUAGAGAUCGGCAGUGGUUUUGGCAUGGAGAUGGAUAUCGGUGACACGGAGGGCGCAGGCGCCGCUUCAGCCGACCUCGCGUUCCCCGAGCCCCCGCACGACAACAACAACGUCGCCGCCUGGUACGACACCGAUCUGUGAUUCCAUUUUCAAAUGUCAUUCGGCCAUUUUGUUUGCGGAAAACAUGUAGUUGUGAAAUGGCGGCUAAUUGUUAUAAGAAACAGAUCAACUCUUUAUUUUUAAGCUCUUCAUCUGUCUUCCCAAUUCAUGCUAGCGGAAAUUACUUUCUAAUAGAUCACAUUUGCAUUACAGCCAUUAUUCUGACACUUGUUAGAGGUAUUAAAUAAUGAAAAUAUCGGUUUUUGGGACAAUGCUACAAUGUGCAGAGGUGCCAUAGUUUCUCGUGAAAGAAAAAACAAACUUUAUUGAAAUAAUGCUUGACAAUCUGAAACCAUUAAUCAUCACAGCAAUGCGUUCCUAAUUCCCAUGUUUACUGACUGUUUAAAGUUGAAUAGUCGCAUUUAUUAUAAUGACAUCAUAAUCUCCGAUUCACGCUAAGCCAGUCUUAAUGUAGAACAGAGAUUUGUAAAAAAAAGGAAAACAAUAUUUGCGAAUUUUCAACUUUAGUAAAAUUUAACAAUGUCAGAAAUAUAAAUAUAGACUGAAUUCAAAAAGGUACAUAUGCCGAAAGAGUUUAUUUUCCAAUUGGUGCUAGAAUAAGAAUAAAUUGAAUUGAAAUAUCCGAAGAUGUCUACCCUGCAUUGAUUAUGUCGAAGAUUUCAUACUGUAACGUAUGAAAUGCAUAUAAUCGGAGAAUAGGGUAACUUUACUUUUAAGAUUUUUUAUAGGCUUUAAAAACGAUUUCAUAGUUCUCUUUGUAUUUGAAAUUAUAUUCGCAUUUACGAAGUAUUGUUUAUUUUGACUUAUUUAAUGAUUAUUGAAAGAAACGGAUGUGAAGUUUUUAUUUAAUAUUGCAAUUUGUACUAAUCAUUUAAUUUAAAUGAUGAAAAUAUGGAUAAGACUGCUCUAUUCGCAUGCGUUUUUAGGAAAAAUCGUGAUUUUAUUUUAAUAAUAAAAGUUUAUACAACAGUGCCCAAGAUAUGAAUGGAUUAUUUGAACUCUUAUUUUAUAAGGUAGAACUAAUAAUAGUUUGGAUCGUCUAACUAGUUCACGACAUUUAAACAAAAUAUCACGCCGUGCUUAAUUUUUAAAUGUACUAUUUUGCCAUUUUACAAGAGGUUUUUAAAUCAUGGUUUUAAACAAAUUUUACCCAAUUGGCCUAUUUCUUUGUCAUAUUUAUGAUGAUUAGUUUCACGAAUUAUGAUGAAAAUGACUUUAUGAUUGUUUGCAAUAAACUGCCACAUGCAAUAAAUACUAAGUAAUUGAUCUCCUGUCAUUGAUUUUAAUUUAUAACCAUAAAAUUUUUGCAACUGUUCUGUUUAUGUAGCAAAUUUGGGUAGUACUUAAUGAAGAAUUUUGCACAUAAGAUAUUCAAUUAGAAAAUGCACUCACUUCAUACCCACCCAUAGAAAAUGUAUCUUUUACGAUGUAACCCUAGCGUAAGAAAUUUAGCAUUAAUUACCUAUUGUUCUUUAGGUCGUAAUAUUUUUUUUUAUUAACUGACUUUGCCAAUGUUUUUAUUAUAUUAAAUAAUGAAGACAAUGCUGAAGUAUGUGAUUUUUGUGUCCAUUUAUGCAUGGAUAAUAAAAUUAAUUUAAUUAAAAUA